AUGCUUUAGUUUGUUUCUGCUGGUCAAGGAAAUGAUGUAUAAUGCAAAAGUUAGAAUUAAUGUUCAACAACUGGUUGUGGAGCUGGUGUAAGUUGGAUAAAUGGCGUAGGAGCAAAUGCAUGUGCAAUAGCAGAUUGCACAGUUGCUUUACCUUCUUCAGGAUUAAAUGAUUACAUAUGUAGUAGCUGUCCUCCUUAACCUGGACAAGUUUACGCAAAUUCCUCAGGUACUGCUUGUGUAUCCACUUCUCAAUCCUGCUCAGCUGUUUAAAAUGUUAUUGACUCUGAUUGCAGUUUAUGUAAUUCAAAAACUCCUUUUGCAAAUUCAAAUAAAACUGCAUGCUGUAACUCAACUGCAAGCUGUUCUACUGCUACAGGUUUAACAGAUAGUAUAUGUGGUCCGUGCAAUCAGGGUAUAAAUUAAAAUAUAUUUGCUUCUUCUGAUGGAUCUAAAUGUGUCAACCCUUCUUAAAGCUGCAGCUCUACUUCAUAGUGGAAGGACUCUGAUUGCCUAAUUUGUAAUCCUUAAAAACCAUAUGCUUCUGCUGAUAAGUCUAUUUGUGUAGCAUCAAGCUAAUCUUGCUCCUCUUCAUCUGGAUGGAAAGAUAGCGAUUGUAUCCUUUGUAGUCCUACUGCACCAUUUGCUGCUAAAGAUGGUAUGAGUUGUGUUAAUUCUUCAUAAUCUUGCAGUUCUACCUCUAAUUGGACUGAUUCUGAUUGCAUUUUAUGUACUCCCAAAUCACCAUAUGCAAGGUUAGAUGGUUUAUAAUGCGUAGCCUCCUCAUAAUCAUGCUCCUAAUCUACAAAUUGGCAAGAUGCAGAUUGUAAGUUAUGUUCUCCCCAAUCACCAUAUGCGAGCUCAGAUAAAACUACUUGUGUCAAUUCAACUUAAACUUGUAAUUCUUCCUCUGGGUGGAUAGAUAAUAACUGUAAUUUAUGUUCGCCUUCAAAACCCUUUGCUUCAGCUGAUGGAAAAAGCUGUGUAGCUUCUUCAUAAUCAUGUAGCUCUACAACCAAUUGGUCUGAUAAUGAUUGUAUACUAUGUACUCCUUCAAAACCUUAUGCAUCAGGAGACUCAAACAGCUGUGUUGCUUCUACUUAAUCUUGUAAUUCUACUUCUGGUUGGACUGAUUAAAAUUGUUUCUUAUGUACUCCUACAAAAAUGUAUGCUACUGUUGAUGGAACUAGCUGCGUUUCAUCUACUUAAUCUUGUAGUUCUAAAUCUAAUUGGACUGAUAAUGACUGCGCUCUUUGUACUCCUUCUACCCCUUUUGCUAAUUCAAAAAAAACUGGAUGCGCAGAUCCCUCUGUUUAAUGUGUUGGAAGAGACCCCACACAAGCAUCUUAACUCUGGACUGACAGUGAUUGUUCAGCAUGCUAUUAAAAUGGUUACAGAUCCUAAACAGAUGGAUCUUCUUGCGUUAAUUGCCUAGCGACUUCAGGAAUGACCAAUUCUUCAUGCGCUCUUUGUAACGGAACAGAUGAUGGAGAUAACUAAUAUGCCAAUUCUUUAGGUGCUUGUGUUUCAGUUGACUGUUCAUAAACAAGUGGAUGGGUAGAUGCUGAUUGUUAGCUUUGCAAUCCUUAAACCCCAAGCGCUUCAAGUGAUGGAACUGCAUGUUUAUCUACUACUCAUUAAUUUAUUCUUAUAGCAUCUUAUUUAUAUAUCCUUUAAUUAUUACUCUGA